UCUAGUGAUCUAUAUACAGCAGGGAUGUCAAACUGGUGGCCCUCCAGCUGUUGCAAAACUACAAGUCCCAUCAUGCCUCUGCCUUUGAGAGUCAUGCUUGUCACUGUCAAUCUUGAAAUGCCUCAUGGGACUUUUAGUUUGGAAACAGCUGGAGGGCCUCCACACAGGCAACCCUCCAAAUGUUGUAGAACCACAAGUCCCAUGAGGCAUUGCAAGGCUGACAGUUACAAGCAUGACUCCCACAGGCAGAGGAAUGAUGGGACUUGUAGUUCCGUAACAGAUGGAGGGCCGUCAGUUUGGCACCCCUGC